CUGGCAACACUGUUUAUGCGAGUCAGUGCAUGUGUAUAUGGUACAUGUUAUAUUUGUUAUAUGUUCUUUAACCUAAAAACUUUGAAUUGUUUAUUAUCUGUUAUCGUUUUAUAAAAUAUUGCACAGAACAAACAAAUAUUGCAAAAAUGUCUGAAGAUGAAAUGGAAAAAUUUGAAAUCACUGACUAUGAUUUGGACAAUGAAUUUAACAUGCAUCGAAAUAGAAAGGGAUUAAGUAAACAACAACAAAUUUAUGGUAUUUGGGCAGAUAAUAGUGACAGUGAUGAUGAGAGUACACCUUUUACCAAACAAAGUAAAAAACCUAAAAAUUAUAGUGCCCCAAUUGGCUUUGUGGCAGGUGAGGUCCAACAAGCAGGAAAGAAAAAAGAAAAGGAGCUAGAGCCUAUAUCAUUUAAAACAAAAAAUAGCUCUGAUGAAUCUGAAGAAGAAAAGCUAAGAACAGGAUUUGGUGGACCCAGACCAAAAGCUGAAUCCACUGUAACAGAAAUAACUGGUGAUAUUGCUGGAAUGCGUACAAAAAAGGGAAACAAUUCCUCAUUUGUAAAUCAAGGUGUUGGAAAUUGGGAAAAACACACCAAAGGUAUUGGAGCUAAACUUUUGCUUCAAAUGGGAUUUCAGCCAGGCAAGGGAUUGGGCAAAGAUUUACAGGGUAUUUCAGCACCAGUAGAAGCUCAUUUAAGAAAGGGUAGGGGUGCAAUUGGAGCCUAUGGUCCUGAAAAGCCAGCAAGAAUUGCAAAAAAACCAAAUGAGAAAAAAAUUAAAGAAGAUGAUGAUGAAGAAACAACUAUUGAGUCCAAGUGGCAGAAAAAUGACAAUGUUAAAAAGAAGACAAGAUAUUAUUACAGGAGUGUCAAUGAUGUUAUUGAAAAAGGUAAACGUCCAGGAGCAUAUAGAAAUUCUCAAACACCAAGUGAGCUGUCCAAGGUCAAGGUGAUUGAUAUGACUGGACCUCAGCAAAGAGUUCUUAGUGGAUACCAUGCUUUAAGUGGCCUAAAACCUCCUCCUGGUAUAGAAAACUUUGAAGACGUUGUUCAUAAGAAAUGCUCGAAUUUCGCACUUCCUGAAAUUCAGCAUAAUUUGGACUUAUUAGUUGAUAUGUGUGAACAGGAUAUUAUUAGGAUAGACAGAAAUACCCGAUACAAUAAAGACAAGUUGGUUGCUUUGAAGCAAGAGGAAACAUCUUUAAAAAUUCUAUUAAAAAAUGAUGAAAAAGUAAUUGAUAAUUUAAAGCAUGUUAUGGAAGUAGUGGAUAAACUUAUGGAUCCAUCUCAAGGAUUUUCAAUGAAACAAAUUAUUAUGAUAUUUCGAGAUUUACAGGAAGAAUACUAUGAAGAAUAUCAUCGUUAUGAACUGGGUGAGUUAGCACCAGGUCUAAUAGGUCCCCUAUUAACUUCAGCAAUGGCAAAUUGGAAUCCCUUAACUCAUUCUCAGCAAUUUUUGGAAGUAUUUGAUCAGUGGCAAGAGCUAUUGGAAGGACCUAAACAACAAAAAGGGUGUUUUGAACCUAAUGUUACUGGAGUAAAACCAUAUGAUAGUCUUAUUUGGCAUACCUGGAUGCCUGUUGUAAGAAGUGCAAUCAGCAAUUGGAACCCGAGGGAUUGUGACUCGUUAAUAUCAUUUUUGGAAGCGUGGAAAAACGUUAUUUCAGAAUGGGUAAUGGAAAAUAUUAUGGAUAAAUUGGUAAUGCCUAAAAUUCUUAGUGAAGUUAAUUCCUGGAAUCCACUUACAGAUACUAUUCCUAUUCAUACUUGGAUACAUCCAUGGAUACCAUUACUAGAUUCAAAGUUGCAGUUAUCAGUUUACCCUACAAUUCAAGAAAAAUUGGGUGUUGCUUUAAGUAAUUGGCAUCCUUCUGAUAAAUCGGCGAAGUUUAUACUUAAACCAUGGCAAAGAGCACUUUCCAACGGUGCAUUUGUAGGAUUUUUGAUCAAACACAUAGUUCCAAAACUACAGCUUUGUAUGCAGUCCUUGGUUAUAAAUCCACAUCAGCAACAUUUAGAUCCUUGGCAUUGGGUAAUGGAUUGGCAAGAUAUGCUUUCAAUAGUAAAUAUGACAUUAAUUUUGGAUAAAUUCUUUUUUCCAAGAUGGUUGCAAACUUUGGCUGUUUGGCUUAAUCAUAACCCAAAUUAUACCCAGGUUACAGAAUGGUAUUCAGGCUGGAAAAGAAUGCUUAGUGAAGAGUUAUUGGCUCAGCCAUCAAUAAAAGAUCACUUUCACAAGGCUUUAGAAAUUAUGAAUCGUGCAGUCAAAAUUGCAGGACAACCAGGAGCUAAGGAAUCAAUUUCAUAUCUUACUAAUAUGGAAAAUAAUUCAAUUCCAAUCCAACCACAACCUAGAGUAGAGAGUUUUGCAGAAGCUGUUAGAACUGUUUCAAAAAUACCCCAAGGUUUUAAAGACCUUGUAACAAAGAGGUGUGAAGAAAAGGGGAUUUUGUUUGUACCUAUUCCAAAUAAAUAUCAUGAAGCUAAACAAGUGUAUAGAAUUGGUACAAAUGGUGUGCAGUGUUAUAUUGACAGAAAUGUCAUAUUUUAUUCCCAAAAUAAUUCAACGUGGAUACCUACAUCUCUAAAUACUCUAUUAGAUAUAUCCUAAACUGGUUAAUUUAAUAUUACAUAGAUAAUCUUAUAAUUUUAAAUAAAACAUUGCAUUUUAACAAUA